UAUAAUUAAUAUAUAUUAUAUAUAUAUAUAGUAUUUAAGGGUAUGUUGCUGCCCGGUGUCCAUUCAAAGUUUUGCCACUCUGGUAUGGAAGUCAAUUUUGGGCCAUUAACAAAAAAAAUCAAAGAUAAAUGUUAGAAAUGAUGCGAUGCUACUGAGGAAAGUGACCAUUAAAAAGUCCUAUCCUUAAUAAUUAAUAACCAAUGCAUGUCCGAGGUGAGCUUCCAUAUUCCUGACAGCGUGCUAAUUAAACCUGGUUAACACACAGCGGCGCGCGCCGUGCGUCAAACCGAGCGCACCUCCCUCACGCGGCCCCGCCCGGAACCAGGAAGAGCAACACGGAGGCGGAGAACACUUCCAGUAAAAGUUUAGGAGAUGAGCCGAAUUUACCACAACACGUCGUUACAGAACAAACCCGUGCAUAAUGAGACGCUGGCGCGCGCGUGGUCCCCCUCUGCGUACGAAAGUGGCCAUGGGGUCAUUCUAGAAGGGAAGCUGCUGGAUGUGUCCAGACACGCCAUCACCGAUGACGGCAAUCAAAAGGUCCGCUUCUAUGUGCUCUACGUCAAACCUGGACGCGUCCACCAGAGGAAGUUCGACCCCAGCGGGAAGGAGAUCGAGCCCAACUUCAGCGACACCAAGAAGGUCAACACCGGCUUCCUCAUGUCCUCCUACAAGCUGGAAGCGAAGGGCGAGUCGGACCGCCUGUCCGAGGAGCAGCUGUCGCUGGCGGUGAACAAGGCCGAGCUGCUGGAGAUCACCGACCGGUACCGGCCCGCCGGGACCUGGGCCUUCUGGUACCCGGAGGCCCAGAUGGCCCAGACGGAGCUGGAGGCGGGGCAGGACGUGCGGCUGAAGACCAGAGGAAACGGCCCCUUCAUAUGCUCCUUGGCCAAAGUGGACGGCGGCUCGGUGACCAAGUGCAACUUUGCCGGAGACGAGCGGGCCGGAGCGUCGUGGACCGACAAGGUUCUGGCCAACCGAGCCGACGCCCUCAGCGCCCCGCCGCCCGGGGGGGAGGGGGAGGGGGCGGGGGAGGAGGAGUGGGACGACUGAGGGCCAAUCAGCGCCGGCCUCCAGGCCUCCAGGUCCGACCCCCCCUGAUUGGAACCUGGCGUUCCCCGGAGUCCCCUGAACCUCUCCCUUGUGGACGACGAGCUUCUCCUGCACAGCCUGGUUUCCAUUAGUCCCACAUACCUGAGGAGGCCGUACUGGGACACGGCCCAGUUCCCUCGACUGGUCCAGUCAGGGUCCGAACGCUCAUGGAAAACCUGGAAAAGUCCUCGAAUUUAGAAAUGUUUAUUUCCACGACCUGGAAAAGUCAUUGAAAAAAAAGUAAUCCCCCAAGUCCUGGACAUGUGCUCUGAUCAUGUGUCCAUUCAGCUUUAGAUCUCAGUGUUGGUUUAAAUACGACUUCUUCUCACUUUAGAUUUCACAACAUGUUGGUCAUGGAAAUUUGGUUUAAAGUCCUGUAAAAUUCCUGGACACCCAUUGGUCAACAAGUGGAUGAACCCUGUGCAGUUGACCGGUUACAUGACUUAAGUACUGCACUUUAACACGAGUACUUGUAUGUUAUGCUCCUUCAUACUUCAGCUACAGAGGGAAAUAAUGCAUAUUUUAGAAUAUUAUGUGAUAACUUUGCUGAUUCAGAUUAGAAAUCUGAUAUAUUAGCAACAAAUGAUGUAUGAAUUUGGAUAAAUAUGAGAACUUACGUGGUUCAAUAACAAAGACAUCCACGAACAUUAACCAGCUGCAACAUUAAAGACAUGGACAAUCUCAUCCAUCAAUAAAAUAAUGUAUGUUAUUCUGAAAUGA